CACACUGUUUUGCAGUUCUGUUGUCCAAAAUGGCAAAAUCACAAAAGUUAAAAUUAAAAAUUAAAAUACACUGACGCCUCCGGACGUCUACAGCUCAGGUUUGCUCGUGGAAUACGUAUUGGAUCUGGUAAUUGCCGCGUUGCAAAGGCAUUAUAGAUAGCAAACGCAAGACACACCGUUAACCUUGCCUCAAAUCGGAACAAAAGAAAUUUUUUUUUUUGCGUGGUCACCCGUCAUCGUUGUCGUUCUUGGUCGGUCGUCUGUCGUCGUUCUUGUCGAAAAUCUGCAUUGGAGAGGCAGCAGCAGCGCAGCAGCGAGCGGCACAGCCCCCAGAGCCCAGCAGCAAUAAAAUGCACAUCUAAACAAAUUCAGAUAUAAACAAUUUGUUUUCGAAUUCGAAUUCGUGGCAGCAGCAGGUGAAAGUCUGAUUUCGAGACAGGAGGGCGGAGGAAAAACUACGCAACAAACAAACAGAAACACAGAAGGGAAAACAAAUAGGCAUACACUUUAGGCAACUGCGCAGGAAGGAAGUAAGGAAGGAGCAAUGCCGGAAGAAGAACCGCGCCAGAAGCCCAUGGAGGAGGAAGAAGACGAUGAAGAACUGCAGCCGCUGCAGCAGCAGGAGCAGCCCCAGCAGCCCCCAUUGCUGCCCAAACAGGACCACCAUCCAGAAGAUCAGCCGCCACAAGAGCAGGCGCAGACACCCCCCAUACCCAUAACGCUAUCAGCAGAGGAGAUGCGCGAGCGUCGUCUACGCACGUUGGCCGCCAGAAGCAUCCUACAAACUCCAUUGGCAGCAGCCACCACAGCUCCCAGCCCAGAGAAGGCCUCAAGGAAGCAGACCAAUGUCUCUGGCGAGUCUCGCCUGGUGCGCGAGGCCACGAACAGCGACUCAGAGUCGUCCACCUGGCCGGAUCUGGGCAGCAAAAAUGAUAUGGAUGUCGAAAUGAAGUCCGUGGUGCCCAUGCAGGACGUAGAAAUGGCGCCAGCUCUCAGUCUGCCCAGCGAGGUGGCCACCAAACGCGCUGUGAGACCAGCAAUCGAGACAACCAAAGCGUCCACAGUGAGUCCCGAGCGGGAAUUGGCAAACAAACAGUUGCCAGCCUCCUCAGACGGGGGCAGCUCCUCGCCCAAGAGCGUGGAUGAGCGGAACGAGCAGCUGCUGUCGCGUUUGCUAAAUUGCACAUGGAAUGAGUUUGGCAGCGGCUCCAUUAUAUGUGCCCAAACGGCCAGCUUCCUGGAGCAGCAUCCCAGCAAGCGAUUCGAUUUUGAUUUCAUUGUCUCGAAUGUCCUCAUGGAGACGGCCCUCAAGAUCUACAACGAUGAGCUGGGCGAGGGCAGUGCCUGUCUGGUGGAUGACAUGGAGUUCUCAACGCCCAAAAAGAUCAAAUCGGAUGACACUGAGGUGCAAGAGAUCAUGGCCAAUGCAAUGGCCUCCACAUCGACCAUUGAGGAGGCGCCCACCUCCAGCCAAAGCGAGGCAACGGCCAGCAGCGAUGCCAGCUCGUGUCUGGCCCCAUCAGUGCUGAACAUUGUGACCACCACCAAGCACAGCGUCAUACUCUAUCUGAUGAAGUGCUAUGACAACUAUCAGUCCGAGUGUGUCACAAAGACGGCCGCCAGCCAGCCGGCCCUCCAAUUGGCCUUUGAGAACAUAAUGCGCAUGACGGUGCUCGUGCUGACGGAUCGCAUUCACCAGAAUCUCAACUGGCAAUUGGAUCAGUCGGCUCUGCUGGAGCUCAUGUAUAUGGAGAAGGUGAGCGAGUCCUUCCUGAUCGAUAUUGUGGCCCACACACACGAGGGUCUGGAGGCGUUCGACACCAUCUUUGGCCAGGUGCUGCGUGGCCUAUUCACCGGGAUGCAGCGCAACAUUUGCACAGCAAAAAUCAAUCUACUACAAAUCGAAUGGCUGGCCAAGCUGGUGGUCAUCAAGGUGGGGGCUGUGCGGCCCCUCGCCGAUCUCGUGGCCCGUCAGCCAAAUUUUAUUCCACCGAUUUGCACAAAGAUCUCGGGCCGAGAGAUUGUCAAAUGCAGUUUCCUGGGACCAUUUCUCUCCGUCUCGCUGUUUGCCGAGGAGAAUGUCAAGUUUGCGGAGACCACCAAGAACAAAGUGGAGGAUGCUAUGGCCUCGCGUCUACGUUGGGGACUCCAUGAGAUGCGCACCCAUUUGCACGGCAUCUUCCAUUCGUUGUGCGUGAAUGCCAGCAGCCGUCCAAAGACCCUCGAGUAUAUUGGCAACAUUCUGCGGCGCAACGAGCGUCGUGUGCAGUUUGCCAGCGACGAGAAGCUGCUGGCCCGAGAUGGUUUUGUCAUCAAUCUGAUGAGUGUGCUGCAGCAUCUGUCCGUGAAGAUCAAACUGGAUCGGAUUGAGCCCAACUAUCACUACAUGAAGAACUCCGAAGUCAGCAUCGAACAGGACACAAAGAUACGCUACAACGAGGAGGAGUACAAGAGUUUCGUGGGCCGUGAAUUCAGCGAGCCCGUCAAGGAGAUAAAUUUCCAGACGCAGUGCUGGUUCCUCACCCUCCAGGCCCACCAUUUGGGCUAUAUGCCCGCCAUUCAGCGUUACCGCCAGAAGAUGCGUGCCAUCAAGGAGCUGCAGAAGCUGAUCGACGAGCUGGAUCGCACCAAGCAGCAUUGGGUGAACUCGCGAUAUGCCACGCGCAACAAUCAGUUCAAGGAGCGUUGGGAGAAGCAGCUACGCAAGCUCAAUCGCUCGAAAAACUGCAGUGAAAUCACGCUCCUAGAUCCAGCCCUGCUACAGCGCUGCACGGAGUUCUAUUCGACGGUGUGCGAGUUUAUGCUCUACCAGUUCGAGGGUCGCGCCAUUGUGGGGCCGUUCAUCUCCAAGCUGCCAGUGCAAACGCUGAAGGCCACAGAUGCAUUUUCCGCCCUGCCCGAGUGGUAUAUCGAUGACAUUGCCGAGUUUAUUCUGUUCACCAUGCAGCAUGCCAAUGUGGACAUACGCCAGAGCAUCGAUCAUUCGAUCAUCACAUGGCUGCUGACCUGCGUUUGUGCCUCGCAUCUCAUUAAGAAUCCCUAUGUGACUGCCAAGCUGGUCGAGGUGAUGUUUGUGUUCUCUUUGAAGCCAGCCAACUCGGUGAAUACAGCGAUGUGGAACCAUGAGCUGGCACAGAAUGCCCUGGUCAGCGCACUAAUGAGAUUCUAUGUGGAUGUGGAGACAACGGGUCAAAGCACUGAGUUUUACGAUAAGUUUACCAUAAGAUACCAUAUUAGCCAUCUGUUCAAAUCAAUGUGGGAGAAUCCCAUCCACCGCCAGGCCGUCAUCUGCGAAUCGCGGGUGGGCAAUCAGUUUGUUAAAUUCGUCAAUAUGCUGAUGAACGACACAACGUUCCUGCUGGACGAAUGUUUAGAGAAUCUGAAGCGCAUCCAUCAGACGCAGCAGCUGCUGUCGGACAAGCAGAGCCUCACCAAAAUGACCGCCGAUCAGCAGCAGAGUCGCCUCACCCAACUGGCCACCGAUGAGCGGCAGUGUCGCUCGUAUUUAACGCUCGCACGCGAGACAGUCGAUCUGUUUCACUAUCUGACAAGCGACAUCAAGGAGCCUUUUAUGCGCGCCGAGCUGGUGGAUCGACUCAGUUCAAUGUUGAAUUUCAAUUUGAAGCAGUUAGCCGGCCCCAAAUGCAACGACCUGAAGGUUAAGAAUCCGGCAAAGUACGGCUGGGAGCCGCGCAGUUUGCUGGCCCAAAUCUUCGAUAUAUAUCUCCACCUGGACUGUGAUAGAUUCGCCGAGGCACUGGCCGCCGACGAGCGCUCCUUCGAUGUGCACAUAUGCAAUGAGGCGGCGUCGAGAAUCAAGCGCCUGGCGCUACGCUCAGCCGUCGAGGUGGAGCGCUUCAAGGCGCUCACACAGCGAGCCCACGAAAUCUACGUAACCAACCAACAGACUGAAGAUGAAUGCGCUGAUGCCCCCGAUGAGUUCAAGGAUCCGCUGAUGGAUACUUUGAUGUCGGAUCCUGUGGUGCUGCCAUCGGGCACUGUCAUGGACCGGGCCAUCAUCACACGCCAUCUAUUAAAUAGCUGCACGGAUCCGUUCAACCGACAGCCGCUCACCGAGGAUAUGCUGGUGGCCAACUUAGAGCUGAAGCACCGCAUCGAGGCCUGGCGCAAGGAGCAGCGCGGCAAGCGGAAUAAUAGAUAAGCGGCCCCUCCCCCCAAAAAACUAUCCCUAGGACCUAGAUUAAUGUGCAGUUUUAGUGUCUAUAAUGCCUACCUUCUAUAAUUGUACACAUAAUAUAAUUAAUUAUUCAUGUGCUGGAGAUAAUUACGAUUUUGUGCGAAUUCACAAUUUAUCUAUACCAAUAAUUCCUGAAUCCUGAAUCGGAUCGGGAUUCCGCUGGAACAAACAAAAAGGAAAAUUGUUUCCCAAAAACAGUAGUGAUGUGAGAGCAUCGAUAGCCACAAUUAUCAAACACACGACUGUAAUUGUUUUCAAAUCGUUUCGCGGGUUUUUUGUGGUUUUUUUUUUUGUGAUGAUUUUUACAAAAUUGGAAUUUAUUUGCAAUUGAAUUCACAAAUAAAAAGAUAAUGAAGCGUA